AUGGCUGAUAAGCAACCUCUCCCACAUACUCCAAGAGCUUGUUCUGCCUGCAAGGCAAAGAAGCUCCGAUGUCUCAUGAGUAGUAGUCCACCAUGGAUAUGUCAAAGAUGUACACAGAGGAAACUGGAUUGUGUCAUACCUGAACACAGACCUAGAGAACGUAGAAAGAAAGUCGUCUUUGAAAGAAGGAUAGAACAACUCGAACACAAAAUCGAAAGAUUCAUGACUUUGCUUCCGAAACCAGUCAACGACGACAACGGCUCGGCAGAUCCAGAGAAUCAUAGGAGAAGAAGUCCACCACGUUCACCUUCAACUUCGAUGACAUCGACCACAACCCCGAAAUCGUCUCUCGCAGACCAAAAAGAUUUCAUCAGUGACCAUGUCUUGUCACUUUCCCAAGCGGAUCUCCUUCUUGUCGAAUACAGACUUCAUUUUGCGGAAACCUUCCCUUAUGUCGUGCUGGGUUAUCAUAUGACCAUCUCUAAACUCAGAAGAGACAGUCCAUUGUUGUUGUUGGCGAUCAUGGUCAGUACUUCUUGGAGGAAUCGACCUUUACAGGAGACCUUGAACAAAAUAUUCCUCGAAAGGUUGAGCAUCGCCGUCAUCGUCCAAGGAACAAGGAACCUCGACCUACUCCAAGGGUUAUUGGUGUAUUUGAAUUGGUAUCAUUUUCAUGUCACACCUCAUUCACAACAAGCAUAUCGUUUAAUGGCGAUCGCGAGUACUGCGGCGAUCGAUUUCGGCAUCACACGAAGGCCCGGUAAACAUCAACAUCGAGAUAUGACCGUCGAGACUUUUCAUGAUACCCCCGAAAGUUUGGUGUCUAGGGAUGUUGCCGAUGAUUGGAGUAACGAUGCGAAAAGGGCAUGUUUGGGAUGUUAUCACCUUGCCACUUGGUAUUCGGUAAUGUGUCGAAAGGCGAGUCCUUUGGCCUACAACGACUACAUGAGGACGUGUGCUUUGUCCCUGGCUGCUACCAAAGAAGCCAAAACCGACACGGAUCUAAUACACGUUUUGGAAUUGACACAUGAAGCCGAUCAGGUUUUUACUUUGUUCAAUUAUAGUGACAACAAACAAAGUCAUCAUAUGGAUGAUGAUCAACUACAACUUUAUUUGAACACAUUUUCAUCCAAACUUCGAGACUGGCAUGCCCGUGCUCCUGCGUCUCUAAGAGAAAAUCCUUGCAAACAACUAUUGCCUUGGAUAGUAGAAGCUUUAGCUCGAGAAAUUGGACUUUCCGGUAUUUCUUGGAAUUCAAGUCUUUCAUUGUCACACGUCCGGAUACUGGUCGACAGUUUGGAGAGUACAAGGACAUACCUCGACAUGUUUUUGGAGAUACCGGACUCUCGCUUACCCAGUCUGAGUGCCACUCAGUGGACACUGUUACAUUAUUCGUUCAUGCUGGCCACGACAGCUUCUUUGUGUAUAGAUACGACAGAGUGGAACGUCCAGAUUGCCAGAUCAAUCAUCAAGGUCGAAAAUUAUUUCGAGAUAAUGACGAAACGUGUCCAGACCGUGGCAAGUCAGAUGGCUUCAGUCGAUGGUCUUUUUGACUGGUUCGGAAGUAUCAUUGUCAGGUGGGAAGCGAUGAAAGCUCGAUAUGUGGCUGCAGUCAAACAGUCACUGUCGAAAUCACUGUCACUGUCACACUCACAGGCUUUGGCUUCUUCGGCGCAGCACCAACAGACUCAGACACAAACACAUACUCAAACCCAAACGAGGAGUAAUAAUGUAUCAUCGUCCAGAUCCACGACCAUGGCAUUGAAUACAUCUUCUUCGCCUCCUGAUAAUGGACAUUGCGAACAAAUUGUUCCAGAACAACAACAACAACAACAACAAUCUUGGUGGAAUUUUGGACACCCGCAAACGAACUCAUUCAUGCCUGUUGGUGGAUUUGACUUACUCAAUUUUGCUUCUGGUAUCGAAUCUUGGAUGACUCCAGAUUCGUACUCGUCGUCAGCAUACUACUGA